CGCGGACUCUAUGGUCGGCGGGCGGGUGUCAUGGACGGCGCCGAUUCCGACGAGUUUUCGUCGUCCGAGGAGGACGAGGACUACGUGCCCUCCGGUGGAGAGUACAGCGAAGACGAUGGGAGUGAGUUAGUGAGGGAGGAUGAAGUGGACGGAGGAGAAGAGUCCGUGCCAAAAAGCCAAAAAAGGAAGUCUCAAAGCGUCCUCGCCAGGAAGAGGAAGAAAGCCGGCCUGUCCGUAGAGACGGAAGAGGCAGACGGCAAAGCCGAAGAAAGCAGCGGCGCCGAGGACGAGGCUGCGGCCGAGCAGGGCAAACGUAGUAAGUCAGAGGAUGAAAGGAAGAAGAAGGAAGACGCGCUGUGGGCGAGCUUCCUCAGUGACGUGGGGCCCAAGGCCAGAGACCCUCCCGGAGCUCACGUCCAGACGGCGACGGACUCACAAGCGAAGAGCUCAAGCAAGCCCCCGGUGACCCAGAAAGAGCCGGAGAAGCCGAAAGGAGCCGAGAAGGUUACCAUCACCAAGGUUUUCGAUUUCGCAGGGGAAGAGGUCAGGGUGACUAAGGAAGUGGAUGCAGCGUCCAAAGAAGCCAAAUCCUUCUUCAAGCUGAGCGAGAAGGAGAAACCACAGGCCGAUACCCCUUCGGCUGCCUCUACCCUCCCCACAGGCUCUGGGGUGAAGAAGCCAAGUGGCAUGAACAGUCUUUUAGGAAAAAUUGGAGCCAAGAAGCAGAAGAUGAGCACCCUGGAGAAAUCCAAAUUGGACUGGGAAACCUUUAAGGAGGAGGAAGGGAUUGGCGAGGAACUGGCCAUCCAUAACCGAGGGAAGGAAGGGUACAUCGAGAGGAAAGCUUUUCUGGAGCGAGUGGAUCACAGGCAGUUCGAAAUUGAGCGGGACCUCAGACUGAGCAAAAUGAAGCCCUGAUGCUGGUGGCGACGAAGAGGAGCGGAGCGGAGACGGCAGUCUCACCCUGCUGACAAUGUGAACUCUACUUUUGUGUGUUUGUGAAAUGUCUGGACCCCGUCCUCUGCGGCUUCAUGGAGAGGAGGCGGAAAUGUGUUGAGACUUCUGUGUUGAGACUCAACCUGUGUAUCUCCAUUUACCCCGGGGUUCUCGCUUCUUUUUUUAAUAACGUUGCCGCUCUGGAGGUGUUCCAGAGCUGCCCAGGGAGGUGACUCCAUCACAUAAGUUGGUUGCGUCCUCCUGUUCUCCCUCUAGAAGAAAGACUGGCCCAGACCAGGCCGGCACAUUCCAGAUCUCCCAAAGCCCGUGCGAUUUUUUCGACCUCUUCCUGCCUGUGGGAGUGGGAAGAUGCGGGGCCAAGCUUGCGAAGCAGAGUUGGCCCGGGCUGAGCAUUUGAGAAGCCCCUUUCUGCCCGUGAAGGAGAUAGUUCUUGUCUUCUAGAGGGUCAGUCUCAGGCCCAGCGCCAGAGAAAAAGGACUGAGGCUCCCAUUGCUGGCUGGAGGUCAGAUUGCUACGUCACGAGGCACUGGAGAGUUUGUACUCAAAUCCCUCUCUCUCUCUCUCCCUCUCAGAAUAGAACUUUUUCUAGAUCUCCCAGGGCCAGUGCAGAUUUUUCCAUCUUUCUGCCUGUGGGAGUGGGAAGAAGCAAGGCCAACCUUGCCAUGCGAGUUGGCCCAGCCUGAAGGAAUGGGGAAGCCUCUUUCCGCCCACGAGGGAGAUACUCCCUGUGUUUUCUAAGGGGUCGGUCUCAGGCCUAGCUUCAAAGAGAAAGGACCAAGGCUCCUGUGUGCUGGCUGAAGGUCAUAUUGCUUUGUCAAAAGACACUGGAGAGUUUGUAUUCAAAUGCCUCUCUCUCUCUCUCCCUCUCUCUCUCUCUCUCUCUCCCACUCAUAGACUGGGGCUUUUUUAGUGGAAAUGGUAAUUAAGGGCCUGUUGAUGGUGGAUUUUUUUCUUUUUUUCUUGAGGUGUUGCCCGUUAUCCAAAGGUAAAAGCCAACAUCUCGUGAUCUCCUCACGCUCUCCAAUCCCCUUGUGACUUUGGUUUGCCUGGAAAGAUUCUGUACAUUUUUAUAUUCCCGUACAUUUCAAGGGCAUGAGAAAGCCAACUUCCUCUUCUUUGGUUCCCAUCUCUUCAGGAACCAGAGGAGGAACAGGUUGAUGGGAGGGGCGGGUGGGGUGGGGGGGUGGCGCUGUGGUCCAAGUCAUUCGAACUAAUAAAAUGUUAAACCUCAGGCCCCGUGGACAAGCA